AGCCCUGCAGCCUCCCCAGCUCCAGCCCUGCUCACAGAGCCCUCGGCCCCACAGCACCAUGAAGGUCCUGGCAGCCUCCCUGCUCGCCCUGCUCCUCGUGGCCUCCUGCUCCCUCUCCAAGGCCCAUCUCGACGGCGUCCCCACCACCUGCUGCGUCACCUACCAACAGCAUCCCAUCCCUCUUCGCCUCAUCAACUCCGUCUUCAUCACCAGCAGCAGCUGCACCAACCCAGCAGUGAUAGUGGUCACCAAGAAGGGGAGGCAGGUGUGUGUGGAUCCCAAGGAGCCCUGGGUGCAGGAGCGCCUGAAGCAAUUCCAGAACCUGAAGAACUGACCCUUCCUCGCUGCCACCCGCGAUGCCCACGGUCCCACCCCUGCGUGGCCUCCAGCCUCAGGCACACACACGAGAGCCCUCGACCUGCAGCCUCCUUCAAGGGGAAAAAUGGUUUUAUUUAACUUAUUUAAGUUAAAUUAAAUAAUGUUUUUCUAAAAAAAAAAAAAAGAAAGUACAAAAAUAAUUUAUGUUAUGUCUUA